AUGGCGCCGCGCCUCGAAAAGGGCAACGGCCUGAUUGAGCGUGCCGGCAGCAGGUACGGGCCCUCCCUGCCCUCGCUGCUGCCGAUGCCGCCGGGGCUGCAGGUCCACGGCGACAGGGACGGCCGCAUCGUCCCCGUGCGCUGGGGCUCGCCCGCGCUCCCCCACGAGCUGCAGCUCAUGUCCUACGGCUACCUCAGGCCUCUGGAGGCGGAAACCUCUGGAGACCCUUGGGUAUAUCCGUGGCGAUUUCCAGAGACCUCCGCCUGA